UUUCUUCCCCCAUAUAUGUUAUCCUGUUGACUUUCAUGGGUGUCUGUUUUUUCAGCUUAAUAUGUUAUUUUUUUACUGGAAUUGUUUUGUCGGCUCUUAGUUAUUCUCUGUAUUGACGUACAGCGUGAUCAAUUUUCUUGAAAAUCAAGAAUAAUAGUGCCCAGUUUUAUUCUAUCUGUAAGCAUGUGGAGUUGGAUGAUUGGGUUGUUGUUGUUCAUAAUUUGCAUAGGCUCUAGAGAUGAGACGAACAAUAAUGAUGUGUGUUUAUUUAAGUGAGGAGUGGGGAUUGUUGGUAUUCUGUGAUUGGGUAAUAGAAUAAGUUAUUAGUGGCAGGUUAGCCUUUGGAUACUUUGUCAUAUUGAAAAGUGCAGUUUGGAGUGAAAAUGUCUUCCUCGAGACCCAGCCAAUCAUCCAGCAAUUCAGGGAGAUCAAGACAUAGUGCUAGGGUUCUUGCCCAGACAACUGUAGAUGCAAAGCUUCAUGCAACUUUUGAGGAGUCUGGUAGUUCCUUUGAUUACUCCAGUUCGGUGCGAGUCUCUGGUACAGCUGAUGGAGUCAAUCAACCAAGGUCUGAUAAAGUUACGACAGCUUACCUCCAUAACAUACAGAGAGGAAAGAUGAUUCAGCCUUUUGGAUGCUUGUUGGCUUUAGAUGAGAAAACAUGCAAGGUCAUUGCAUACAGUGAGAACGCUCCUGAAAUGCUGACCAUGGUUAGUCAUGCUGUCCCCAGUGUUGGUGACCACCCUGCCCUUGGCAUUGGCACUGACAUAAAAACUUUGUUCACAGCACCUAGUGCUUCUGCAUUGCAAAAGGCUCUGGGAUUUGGGGAGGUUUCACUUCUUAACCCGAUCCUUGUUCAUUGCAAGACCUCUGGGAAGCCCUUUUAUGCGAUUAUUCAUCGUGUUACUGGCAGUUUGAUCAUUGACUUUGAGCCAGUCAAGCCUUAUGAAGUUCCCAUGACUGCAGCUGGUGCCUUGCAGUCUUACAAGCUUGCUGCCAAAGCAAUUACCCGGUUGCAAUCUUUGCCUAGUGGAAGCAUGGACAGAUUAUGUGAUACAAUGGUUCAAGAAGUUUUUGAGCUCACAGGCUAUGACAGGGUGAUGGCUUAUAAAUUUCACGAUGAUGACCAUGGGGAGGUGAUUGCUGAGAUAACAAAGCCAGGCCUUGAGCCAUAUUUGGGUUUGCAUUAUCCAGCCACAGAUAUUCCCCAGGCUUCACGCUUUUUAUUUAUGAAGAACAAGGUCCGUAUGAUAGUUGAUUGUCAUGCAAAACACGUUAAAGUUCUGCAAGAUGAAAAACUCCCAUUUGAUUUGACUUUGUGUGGUUCCACCUUGAGGGCUCCUCAUAGUUGUCAUGCUCAAUACAUGGCAAACAUGGAUUCAAUUGCUUCCCUGGUCAUGGCAGUUGUAGUCAAUGACAACGAAGAAGAUGGUGACACUGAUGCUGUUCAGCCACAAAAAAGGAAGAGACUUUGGGGUUUGGUAGUUUGCCAUAACACUACUCCCAGGUUCGUUCCCUUUCCUCUUAGGUAUGCUUGUGAAUUUCUGGCCCAAGUAUUUGCCAUCCAUGUGAACAAAGAAAUAGAGUUAGAAUAUCAGAUUAUUGAGAAGAAUAUCCUCCGCACACAGACACUCUUGUGUGAUAUGCUGAUGCGAGAUGCACCCCUUGGAAUUGUAUCACAGAGCCCUAAUAUAAUGGAUCUAGUGAAAUGUGAUGGAGCAGCACUCUUAUAUAAGAACAAGUUAUGGAGAUUAGGAGUGACACCAAGUGAAUCCCAGAUAAGAGAGAUUUCUCUGUGGCUGUCCGAGUACCAUAUGGAUUCCACAGGCUUGAGUACGGAUAGCUUGUCUGAUGCAGGCUUCCCAUCGGCUCUUUCUAUGGGUGAUGUUGUGUGUGGAAUGGCAGCUGUCAGAAUUACUUCGAAAGACGUGGUAUUUUGGUUUCGGUCACACACUGCUGCAGAAAUCCGAUGGGGUGGUGCAAAGCAUGAGGCUGGAGAAAAAGAUGACGGUAGGAGGAUGCAUCCGAGAUCGUCAUUCAAGGCUUUCCUUCAAGUCGUGAAGGCAAGGAGCUUGCCGUGGAAGGACUAUGAAAUGGAUGCCAUUCAUUCCUUACAGUUAAUACUGAGAAAUGCAUUCAGAGAUUCUGAGGGUACAGAUUUACAGACAACUGCAAUUAAUACAAAACUAAGUGAUCUGAAGAUCGAAGGGAUGCAGGAACUGGAAGCAGUUACAAGCGAGAUGGUUAGGUUGAUUGAAACAGCAACAGUGCCUAUUUUGGCAGUUGAUGUCGAUGGGCUUGUAAACGGGUGGAACAUAAAAGUUGCUGAGUUGACAGGUCUUCCAGUUGGUGAAGCUAUUGGAAAACAUUUACUCACACUUGUCGAGGAUUCUUCAACUGAUAGAGUCAAGAAGAUGCUUGACUUGGCACUACAAGGUGAAGAAGAGAAGAAUGUUCAAUUUGAGAUCAAAACGUUCGGGUCCAAGAUGGACUCUGGUCCUAUUAGUCUAGUAGUAAACGCUUGUGCAAGCAGGGAUCUUCGAGACAAUGUUGUUGGUGUUUGCUUUGUGGCUCAUGAUAUAACUGCUCAGAAGAAUGUAAUGGACAAAUUCACACGUAUUGAAGGUGAUUACAAGGCAAUUGUACAGAACCCCAAUCCAUUAAUCCCCCCUAUAUUUGGCACAGAUGAAUUUGGCUGGUGUUGUGAGUGGAAUCCAGCUAUGUCAAAGUUAACUGGAUGGAAGCGAGAGGAGGUGAUGGAUAAAAUGCUUUUGGGAGAGGUUUUUGGCACCCAGAUGUCUUGUUGUCGACUAAAGAACCAAGAAGCUUUUGUUAAUUUUGGCAUUGUACUUAAUAAAGCCAUGACUGGCUCAGAAACAGAGAAAGUUGCUUUUGGUUUCUUGGCUCGGAAUGGCAAGUAUGUAGAGUGCCUACUUUCUGUGAGUAAGAAGUUGGACGUAGAGGGCCUAGUUACUGGGGUCUUCUGCUUCUUACAGCUAGCUAGCCCGGAACUCCAGCAAGCAUUGCAUAUUCAGCGUCUAUCUGAAAAAACUGCCUUGAAGAGAUUGAAUGCAUUAACUUACAUGAAAAGGCAGAUCAGGAAUCCUUUAUGUGGGAUUAUAUUUUCACGGAAAAUGUUGGAGGGUACUGAAUUGGGAACAGAACAGAAACAAUUUCUGCAUACUAGUGCUCAGUGCCAGCGGCAACUUAGCAAAAUUCUUGAUGACUCAGAUCUUGACAGCAUCUUAGACGGUUACUUGGAUCUUGAGAUGGCUGAAUUUACUCUGCAUGAAGUAAUGAUUGCCUCCAUUAGCCAAGUCAUGACAAAAAGUAAUGGAAAGAGUAUCCGAAUAGUCAAUGAUGUUGCAGAACAAAUCGUAAUGGAAACUUUAUACGGUGAUAGUCUAAGGCUUCAGCAGGUCUUGGCUGACUUCUUACUUAUUUCCAUCAAUUUCACACCAAAUGGAGGCCAGGUUGCUGUAGCAGGCUCUCUAACCAAAGAGCAGUUAGGGAAGUCGGUCCAUCUUGUUAAGUUAGAGCUCAGCAUAACACAUGGUGGGAGUGGGGUGCCAGAAGCAUUACUGAACCAGAUGUUUGGAAAUAAUGGACUAGAAUCGGAGGAGGGUAUGAGCCUACUGAUCAGCAGAAAGCUGUUGAAGCUCAUGAAUGGAGAUGUUCGCUAUCUAAGGGAAGCAGGCAAAUCAGCUUUUAUCCUCUCUGCUGAACUUGCUGCAGCCCAUAAUUUGAAAGCUUAAAGUUUUGGAAAAGAAUAAGAUGAUGCAACACAAUCUGUUUUGUACAUCAUAAAGAGGACGGAGCUAGAAAUUAAUUGCAUCCAUUGUAACGCUUUAUUUGUUUCACGUUUCUUUAACUACUUCUUGUAACGUGUACGUUGUAAAUAAUGUAUUAUUAAUCUUAUUCUCAUUUCUUCAUCUA